UAGUUUUAGUUUAUAUGUGGAGUGAGUUUUGUUCAUUGCUUUCAUGGUGAAGUUUAUAUAACGUCACUAGUUAUGGAAGUUAAGAUAAUGUGGUUAAAUGAAGUUGUUUUUUGAGAUUUUUGAAUUAGGAUUUCUCCAUUUACCUUGUUUUGUUGGUGUAGUGUGACUUUAGUUUUGGGUGUCCUAAUAGAUGGCUUUGUUUUGAAAGCUGAAUUGGAGAGGCCUUUGGAAUACCAGAUGGACGAUGAGAUCCAUGUUGAAUUCUAACAUUAGGAACAAAAACACUGCUCCCAAUAGACAAAGUUUUGAACCCUAAAAUCCAAGGAACUAAAUCUUGGGUUUCGCAGGCCGAAACCACUGAAACCUGGCAGAAAUCAAGGAUUUUUUUUUUCCUCUGGGCUAUUGCUCGAAAUUUGGGCCGAAAUCAGGCAUUUUCCUGAAAUUUCCCACAAACCAGGUUUCAUCCCGGGGUCCACCGUAACUGCCAAAAUUUUGGCUGAGAUGUCAGAGUUCUUGAUCCAUGCAAAAAACAAAUAGGGACUUGCAGCAACCAAUGCCAUUGUCAAAAGGGAAAAGAUAGAGAACCAAAGUUACUAUGACAACUUCAUCGGCGCAAACAACUGAGAUCAAAUUCUUCAUGCUGCCAGUAUAACCCAUAAAGUAUGCAAAUACCGCUGAAAAGGAAUUGGUCUACAUGUUUAGAGCCGGGAGAUAUACCCAAUCUGCCAAAUAGCAAGACAUAAGAGGGUCAUCUUUCAAUAGGGGGGGAGGGGGAGCAUCAAGCAUCAGAUUGGUAUCUCAUAAUAGCAUGCCAAACGUCUAGCUUCUCAUCUAAUAACUGUGAUUACUGAGAACAAUGAUAUAUUGAUGAUCGAAUCACCAACUGCUUGAGUGUUUCCUUCCCCAACCGAAAUCACUUAGUUCACACUUCACCCUGUUUUCAAGCAAUGCCCGCAGGAUGAGAUUUACAGACUUCAUAGACUUGAGUAGCGAUGAUGAGGUUGGAGAGAUGGGUACGAAAGCUAUUAAACAAGAGCCAGAUUCAGGUGCUAAAGCUAUUAAACAAGAGCAGGAUUCAGUUCAGAGUACAAGACAAGACUCUGUAGAGAACAGAAGUUUAAGCGCUUUAAAUGCUGGUCAAUAUGUAGAGAACAUAAGUUCAAGCGUUUUAAAUGCUGGUUGUAUAUUGGAUCGAGGGGGUUCUCCAACUGAUGGUUCCAGCCUUUCUUCCGCAUCACCUGGAUGCUCUGUGCCACUUCGUCGGCAAUUUUGGAAAGCUGGGGACUACGACAUCAAGCAGUCUUCUAAAACAUUAUUUCAGAGUGGGAAAAAUCAUUUACGGGUUCAUCCCAAGUUUCUUCACUCAAAUGCAACUUCACACAAGUGGGCUUUUGGUGCCAUAGCGGAGCUUCUUGAUAAUGCAAUUGAUGAGAUACAAAAUGGGGCUACCUUUAUCAUUGUAGAUAAAAUCUCAAUUCCACGAGAUGGAAGUCCAGCUUUGCUAAUUCAAGAUGAUGGAGGAGGGAUGGAUCCAGACACAAUGCGUCGAUGUAUGAGCUUUGGCUUUUCAGAAAAGAAAUCAAAAUAUGCCAUUGGACAGUAUGGAAAUGGCUUCAAGACAAGCACAAUGCGACUUGGUGCAGAUGUUAUUGUUUUCAGCCGACACAAGAAUGACAGCGGGAAGCCCGGGAGGAUCGGCUACAAGUGUUUUACUUCUUCUUCAAGUGUUUUCGUUCUUUUUCAAGGUUACUAUAAGGCUCCAUUACUGUUCCAUCAAAUCAGGAUAUUAACUCAAAGUAUUGGCCUGCUCUCUUUUACCUUCUUGAGACAAAUGGGUUAUGACAGAAUAGUGGUACCAAUGGUUGAUUAUGAAUUCAAUCCAUCAACUGAAACAUUGGAAAUCUUACCUCGCUAUGGUGGAGAGCAUCUCACAUCCAAUCUGUCCAUUCUGCUGCAGUGGUCUCCAUAUACAACAGAAGCGGAGCUGCUGAGCCAAUUUAAUGGCAUGGGAGAUCAUGGAACAAAAGUUGUCAUUUACAAUCUAUGGUUCAAUGAUGAUGGAGAUAUGGAGCUUGAUUUUGAAGCUGAUCCUGAGGAUAUUCUAAUUACGGGGGGUCAGAAAAAAGUUCGGUACCGCCAUUCUAAGAUAAUGAAUGAACAACACAUUGCGAACCGAUUCCAUUAUUCCCUUCGUGUAUAUUCAUCGAUCUUGUACCUGCGGAUACCACAGAGUUUCAGAAUUAUACUGCGUGGUCGAGUUGUUGUGCAUCACAUUAUUGCUAAUGAUCUAAAAUUUCCCGAGUGCAUCAUCUACAGACCUCAAAUUGGUGGAAAUAUAGAGACUGAAAUCCUUACGACAAUAGGGUUCCUGAAAGAUGCUCCACGUGUAAAUAUCCAUGGGUUCAAUGUCUACCACAAGAACCGUCUUAUAUUGCCUUUUUGGCGUGUUGUUCAUAAUUCCGACAGUAGAGGCAGAGGUGUUGUGGGCAUAUUGGAGGCAAAUUUUAUUGAACCUACUCAUGAUAAGCAAGAUUUUGAGAAGACUUCUCUUUUUCAAAAGCUUGAGUCCCGCUUAAAGCAAAUGACAAAUGAAUAUUGGGCUGUUAAUUGUGGAUUGAUUGGGUAUGUUCAAAUUAGACAAUCUCCUGUGCCAGUGAUUACCCGGGACUCACCUCAAUCUGGAACACAUGGUCUUCGAACUGUUGGAAACUGUCAGAUUAGCUCCCGAAAUGGUUUACCCAUAAAGAGGAAGGAUCAUGAUCAUAUGGUUGAACAUGAACGCAUUAAAUCACGAGCAAGGUCAGGAGAAAAUGUUAUCGAUACCAGUCAGAAUAGGUUACCACAGGUUUGACAUGAUAAUGCUAUCUGUUAUUCCAAUUUUGUCAGCACCAAGAAUGCCGUUUGAAUACCUUAAGUUGAUGCCAGCAUAUGAGAUCCUGAUAAUUAUAGUUUCUUGCACCUAUACUUAUCUCUUGAUAUAGGAGGGGACAUGGUUCAAAAUUUACUUGGAAUUUCUCCAGUAUCAAGGGUGACUGGAUAUUAUUGGAGGAAUAUGAACAAUAUAUCCAUUAUAUUGGAAAAAUGGUUCAAAAUCUCCUUGAAAUUUCUCCAGCACUAAGAAUCCUUUUGUUUUUUGAUUACCUUUUCUCUUUUCCUUAGUGUUAUGUCUAUCGUCCUUUUUCUAGGGUGUCCCCCAUAAGCGACGCACCGCGUCGACGCCUGAAUGCGGUGAUAAGUAGAUAAGUGUAGUGUGAGUAAAGAAUAUGGCCCAUAAGAAUACUCCACAUCUGUUACUUUGAUAUCUCGAAUACCUAAGCUUGAAGUCAUCCAAAGCCUUAGAUUUUUUACAAUUCCAUCUAGUCUCUUGAAUACAUGUGUAGGUAUCAUGGACCUCCGCCGGGAUCGUGAUAUGGCGCGUAGCGUGCGUAUACACACUAGGGUUCGACCUUAAUGAGAUGAGAUAGUAUCCCCUGGUCAUCAAAUGCCAAGGGGGGGAUACACGUUAUGGGUAAAAGGGAGUCGCCAUCUAGAAAGGGUCUAGGACCCAUAAAUGUCUCCCCCAAUCAAGGGAGAGAGACCAAUGACUCUGAUGAAUAAGGCUGUUUUGCACCAAGAUUCUAGACAAGUGUCAAGUGACAGACUGGGAAGGUGUUAGGCACCCAGUCUGCCCGACCCUAAGGCCGGUCUCCUUUUGUUUGACCAAAGUUUGUUUGUACCCUACU